GUCUUAGCGGCGCGGUGUAGCGACUUGCGAAGAAGCAACAAACAACAGAAUCUCAAACAACAAGCAAAUGGAUCCAAAUGGAACGCUUGAAGAUAGGCACUUGAAUGAAAAACUAAGUUGGUGAUCGGCUGCGUACGGCCCAUGUUGGGGUCGGACCCGGCCCGUUCGACGACUUUGGUACGGCCUGGGACCGAUGUUCCGAACGCCUGGACCGAGGCUCCAACAGGCGGGUGCUACCCACCCCUGUGCUACCCACAUCUAACCACCUUCACCGACACAGGUGGGCCAGGAGCCCUGUCCAGGAGACGACCUCAUCAUCUCAUCCGUUCCCAAAUCGCCCCGUCUCGGCCAUUGGGCUCAAGCAUUGACCGAACCGCAAACGACCAGACCCGUUCGGAGGAAAAUCACACUCCGUUCGUCCCCAUGUGGCGCCUGGGGCUUUGGGUCUUCACCCUUUCCAUGGCAGAGAAGCCGGAACAGUGCGAAGAACCGGAGGGGACCGGCUUCUUCCAGAGGCAAAUAGCGCUUGAACGGAUGGAACCCUCCAGGCCGUGGGAUCAUCAUGCCUUCGUAGUUGGAACAAAUCACAAAGCUGGGAGUCAGUUGCUACGCAACAGCAUGUGUUGGGCCUUUGACACGCUGGGUGCCACCUACUCCUGUCAAUUUAGCGGACAUGGCAGUUCGAUCACGACCAUUGGAAGGGAGAACAAUUGUUAUGAUGUCUGGGCGCCCAUCCAGUUUCACAACCACAUCAAUGGCCCAGAGCUCAUCCAAAUCAAGAACGAGUCCAUCCGGCGCGGCAUCCCGCUGCGCGGAGUGAUGAUCGUGCGCGAUCCCUUGCAAAUGGUGGUCUCUGCCUACUGCUAUCACCAUCGUGGCGCCGAGCCCAACAGCAACCUCGCACCGCCCAACAUCACAGAGAUGGGCCCAGAGGAGGGCGUUCCGGACAUCGCUGAACGUAUGAAGCCCGUCAUCGAGGGGAUGCUCUCCGCCUAUCAAUUGGCACCGCCCAACGUGUUGACCGUGCGCUACGAGACGAUGACGAAUUCCUCCUUCUACUUCAACGCGACGAUGUCGGAGAUCCUGACGUUCCUCUUCGGCGAUGAGAUCACUCAUGCUCAAAAGCAGACGAUCAUCGAUGCUGCCGCGGUCGAGGAUCUGAAUCGUGGCCUGGAGGGUGGCUUGAGCACGGGUGGGGGGUCCACAGGCGUGGAUAACCACACCAACAGUGAGGAUUGCAUGGCGGAUUCGCAAGAGGC